ACACAGCACAAUCUCCCAUGGCAACCGCGGAGUUUCCAGCCAAGACAGGUGAAUGGUGUCGGCUGAAGUUAGACCUCAGAGGAAGCAAAACAACUACAUGAUUACAUUUGGAAAGUUGGGCUGAAGAUGAGAGGAGCUGGUCGUGUUGCCAAGAGAAGGGAAACUACCGAGUUGCCGAGCUACUGCGUGAGUGGAAUCGACGAGAGAAACUCCAGCGGGCGUCUCCUCCAAUUAGCCUGGAUACCCUGGAAAACCAGAGUUUGCUGCCAAGAGCACUGACACAGUAGGCAGCACAGAAUCCAAACCUUCAGAAGACAAAACUUCUUGUGUAGCACAUCAACAACUUCAACAAACACGUCCGUGCCCUGCGCCCUAUGCCCUGCACGCCAUGCUAAGGAAGGAGGAACAGAGACUAGCGUGGCUCGCGGAUUGGAGACUAAAAUAAACAUUUGGGUUUAUGAAUACCUUCCACAGAAUAGCUACUGCAUGACUACAUAACUUCCCUAACCUGGCAAUGCACGAGCAGCCGUCUGUCUCAACGACUCCACUUUCCUUCAGCAUUAUCCACGCUGUCUGUUUGUCUCUGGCUGGGCUCUACUGCUAGGUGUAAUUCUUAACCAUCAACACCUUCAGAAAAAUACAAGAUAAUUAACUAUGUCAAUGUAGCAAACGUCGGGCCAUUGCUGUCAUCUACCCACUCCAUGAGAGCUGAUGGGUGAGGCACUGUUACAGAACUGUCCUCACGACUUUUUAAAACAUCCGUACGGUGUAUCCACCUCUGAUUUUUGUCCAUUUUGUCACUUUCUUUGGGCUUAAAGGCUUUUUAGAGCAAGCUUGACAGCUACACUAGUGUGAGCACUAGCAUGAGCACUAGAGUUCAACCAGAUCCACCGGAAGAGCAAAACCAACUAUCGCUAUGAGCCAUGUGUAAACUCGCGAACUCAGGAAUAAGGUGGUUAAAGAACAUUAAAAAUGGGUCGGGUUGCUAACCGAGCUAGCACAAUUUGUAGUUCCAUUGUGUUUGUGAGGCGGCAUCAUGUCAUGUAUCCAAAUGUCUGCAACUCACAAUGAAACGUUCUGGAUAGAUAAACAGCACUACAGGUGAGAGACAAAAUACAUAUGUUUUUUUAUUUUGGGUUGAAUUUCCCCUUUUAAAGUUGUAAUGAAUGAAGUAAUCAAGUAAUCCUUACAUGUCAUCUGUUACUCCCCAACUCUUGAAACUUGAAACCUCCAGUACUCACACUGAGAAAGAACUUUUCAGUGAAGCAGGAAACAUCAGCCAGUUAAACUUGAGAAAUAAACAACAUUUGGACAGAUACUGGCUGUUUAAAUGAGAGGGAGGCUGAAGAUGAAAUUUUAGGCAUUUUUAAUAAUAUAAUUGAACUUUAUGUGGAAAAACCAUUUCAGGCUCAAAUUAUGAUUUCAAAGAGAGUAUCAUCUCUGGAGGGGCUCUUUAAACUUCUGUCCUCAGAUUACAGUCUUCACUUCACUCCCCUUUUACAUCUUUAUGUGCACAAGUGCAAAUUCCUUUCAUUUUAUAAGGUUGACUCUUUCAUUAUGCUGCUAUUCAGUCAUCUCAGUUCUUGUUUAGUGCACCUGUUUGUAUUUGAGUGUGCCGACUGAGCGACAGGGGUAAACAAAGUAGAAAGAUGGUACUUGAACUCUUUUUGAUACUUCAGACAAUAUAACUGAAAAGAUCAGAAUCUGCAUCAUGAAGAUGCCUGUUUUUUUCACAUGCAAACUUUGUGUCCUCCAAGCAGGAAUCUUUUGAAUAGCGAUGAGUCAUUACAGUAUUUUCAUUCAAGUAUAGUAUUAAAUUUAUUCAACAGAGGGCAUGUAUUUCAGUCUGAAUCCAUUUGUGGCUCCCCACCUUUUGAAAUGAAAGCAGACAGGAGACAUCUGCCUUGCUUUUAAUGGGUAUCACAAAUGUUUGAGUAAUUCCACUCUAUCUGAAACUUCCCUCCCCUUAGCACACUCCCAAAUUACAGCAGCGGUAUGAAGCUGGGGCUCCUUGCCUUGCAGAGCGUUAGUUUUUUCCCCAGCUAGGACGAUCGGAAAGAUUCCUCCUGUGGGCUUGCAUCAUGGAGGCUAGCAGUCAAUCCAGCAGUCAACAGAUUCUGUGGAAAGAUGUUGAGGUGGGAAAAGAGAAGAAGAGCAAAUACCACACCUACCAGCGACUGGCUCUGGUUCUGGCGCUGAUCUUCCUCAUUUUGGCUCUCUCUGUUUUCAGCCUGAGAUACCUGUGGAGCCCCAGUCUGGGGAAGGUGUAUGAUCAUCAGUACAAAGCUGUGCUGGAUGGUGUGGAGACGGAAAGUGUGAUGGAGAUUGACCCGGGUCAACGCAUUGAGAUCUUCAGAAUGGGAAACGGGAGCGAGGAGGUUCUUGAAGUGCACGACUUCAAACAUGGAAUCACUGGGAUCCGGUUUGCCGAACAUCAGAGGUGCUACAUCAGGACCCAAACUAGGAAACUACCCACGGUGGCAGAGGUGGAGGCUGAGGACGCGGAGUUACUGGUGGAUGCAUCCGAGGCCGUGGAUACGAAGGUGGAUGACUCCCAAGUGUGGGUUCCUGCCGAGGAGCCCAUCGUUAACUCGGCCUUCCUCUUUGACUCCAAGAUCUGGGAGAUUUGCCAGGAGCUGCCCAUCCACUGGAUCCAUCCCUCCCCUCUGAGCGAUGCCGAGGUGGAAAAUGUGGAGAACGUGGAUGCGCCCGACGCCGAGGUCGCAGGUCAGCGUUUCGCCCGCGACGUCAUGGACCACGUCGCCGUGAACGACUAUAGAGACGUCGGAAUCGAGCUGGAUAACCGUCUGGACGACCGCGGCUACUGCUGCCAGCACUGCCGCCGCGGCUACCGCUACUGCCGCCGCUACCACGAGCCUCUGGGGGGCUUCAACCCGUGGCCGUACUACUACCAAGGUGGCCGGGUCAUCUGUCAGAUCGUAAUGCCGUGCAACUGGUGGAUCGCCCGCAUGCUGGGGAGGAUCUGAGGAGGCAUGGUGCCGUCUGGGAUCUAAACUUGUUUCUGUUGGUGAAGGUGCAAAAAAAUUCUCCCUUUGAUAAAUAAUCCAGAUCUCUUGUGAGACCAAAGCAGACAAUUAUUAACCAAUCUGAAAGUUGGCCCGUUGCGAUUCAGUCAGUCUUAAUGGCAUUUGAAGUGUUUUGAUUGUUUCUUUUAAAAAAAAAAAACAGUGGUCGUCUACAGCUGUCUGACUUUCUCUGCUUAUCCACUCAUGUAGCAUCCUCUCUGUUUGAUGGGAGCAAUUUAGUCUGGAAGAUGUCGCCAGAAACUAAUCUACUGUGUGUCCUUAACUUUGUCAUGCAUUCAUUUAUUAUUUUUUUUUCACUUAAUGGAUUCUUACUCAUACUGUAAUGUAUGUAAAUGUACGAACAGUACAACCACGUUUGUAAGAAUCAGAAUGGUGCUAUAACGUUACACAUUUAACGAAGUAUAUAAUCUGUAUAUUGUCUCAGUUGUUUGUGAUUAGGUCCUUUGUCAUUUCUUGUAUAACUAGCAUAUAAAAACCUUCCCUGUACUCAAUAAUGUCGCUUGCUUAAGUCAUACAGCACUUCUUAAUAUUCUCUCUCACACACAACACAUGGUAGAAAUGAUGUAAAGACACCAGAUAUAUAAUGUUACAUGCGCAUACAGUUAUAAUGCUACAUGCAAGAUAUUCAAGUUAGGAAGAGAAAUUAAACAAGCGAUGAUGAUAAUAUUUUGGUAACACUUUAGAUAAGAGAACACAUAUUGAGUAGUUGCUUAUGAGCUUGCAUACUAGCAGCAUAUCAGCUAUUUAUCAGUCUUCUUAGAGCAUUAUAUCAUCCCAAAAAACACCCUUAAAGGUCGGCUUUGACCCAUAUUUAUGUUUCUUGUUAGGUGGCGACCUCUAGUGGCCACAGUAAUCAUUUCAGCAGCAAAGGAGGAAAAUCAGGUGAAGUCGAACAAAGAGUGAAAAGUCUGAACGGGGAGGAGGUCGGGUUGUAAACACACCCAGGAGGCUGCAGUUAGUGUUCAGUGUGGAAAUAAAAAUCAACAGCGACACAUUCUCACUUAUAAACAUAGUGAACUUACAUCCCAUCUUCCUAAAUCUAACCAAACUGAGUGUACGACUCAAGAAGUGUGUUCUCAGUAACCUCCUGAUAUCUGAUAACUGAGUUACGCCUCUCUGUCUCAGCCGUACGUUGGUGUAGUUGCAAGUUUCUGUCACUAUUUGUUACAGUAAAGUGACUAAAAGAAGACUAAACCUUCAGUGAACACCUAUUUAAAUGUGCUACAUCCGGCCCCUUUGUGCUGAUUCACAUCAAUAGUUAAUGGGGUCUUUCCUGGGCAGAGACCGUUCGUCCAUUCAGGUUUUGUGGAAAUCCGCCCAGUAGUUUUUUCACAAACCAACCAACCAACCAACCAACAAACAAACAAACAAACGGGCUCGGAGGCGAUUAAAAACAACCAUUGUGAGAGCCUGAAAGCCUGUUUAGUUAAGUUUAAGAGGAGAGGGGGGUUGAGCCCUCUUCAAUCACAACAACAGUCACUCUCGCUUAACAACACUUCAUACAUUUCUGUGACAAAACACAAAACUCAAAUCUUUCUCACAAAUCUUUCACCAGUGGAGCCCUGUGUGUCAAACUGCUGGUGUCCACACGCAGAAGAGGUCAUUGAUAAGUGCUUUAUAGUGACUGAUAAAAAGCCAAUAUGCUGCUCAUGUGUGCGCUAAUAAGCCACUCGCUAACGGUUAAACUGCGUUCCCUCGUCUGAAGUGUUACCAAAUAAUAUUAAUAAUGCCAACAUGGCAGAGAAGAAUUAACACAAAGCUGCCUAAAGCCUGGCGACGUCUCAUAACACGUCUUUUUAUCUGUUUUUGGUAUCGUGUUACACUAAGGAGGUAUAAUUAAAGAUGCACAGAUCUCAGCUGUCCUUUGUGAUGUAGCUACUGUUGUGUUAGCCUCCAUUGUUUUUCCCUGUUGUUUCCAGACACGGAAUGCUUUAAAUAGUGCUACUGUUCAAACACUCAAUGCUUUGCCAAGGCAACUUUUUUUUUUUUUUUUAAUCUGUAACACCA